AUGGGAAUGUCUUUGGCCCUGGCGCGCAGACCUUCAGUAUUGAUGAGUACCGAGGGGAGCGAGAAAUCUUCCCUGCGUGUUUAUCCUCUUCGAUAUGCCCAGGGUCCUGCAGAGAUUCGAGAGAGAUUGUUAGAACGGGGUAGGAAGUUUAUGGAGGUUGCUCAAGUCAAACACAUGCACUACAAAGGCGUUACCAUCAGUGGCUAUGAAGAAGUGGAUAGUCAGGUGAUAAUUGAUUUCGAGCAAACUAUUUUGCAUAAUCCAGACUGGAUUCCUCAAAUCGGCGAGGAUGCAGACGAUAGAAGGAUUUUCGAUUUGGAUUUCUCAGACUUUGAGAACAGCCCCCGGAAUGUAGAUUUGCACUGCGGCCUUGAUCUGUGUUGUGGGGGAGAAGCAAUUUACGACGACACUUUUGUUGACGUGAGAAUGAAAGAUGAGUUCCUGAAGAAGAACCCCUUGGUGGUGACUUAUGCUCGCCCUCGAGCUGUCAUCGCAGAGGGGUCGUGUAUACGAGAUGAAGAGCUCGUUCUCCUGACGAAGCGUGUUUUCGGAUUCAUUCUGACCAGUCGAAGAUGGGUUAGGCAUGUGUCGGAUGCAAAUGGCUUUGAUCGGCUCGUACUCCCAGGCUAUCACAAAGAGAUGAUUCGUGGUCUCGUAAUGCAACAUUUCCAGGACAAGCAAGACACCUAUCUUGAGGAUGAACAGAUUGAUCUUGUUCGUGGCAAAGGUAAGGUCAAGAACUCAUGCCCCCGUCGGAUAUCUGCUAAUCACAUUCCCACAGGGAAGGGCUUGAUCAUUUUACUCCACGGGGCACCCGGUGUUGGGAAAACAUCGACUGCAGGUGACCUUGGCCUAACUCCAACUGACGUGGAGGCCAGAUUAGCAACUAAUUUUAGUCUGGCACAUCGAUGGGGUUGUAUUCUCCUCCUGGAUGAAGCAGAUAUUUUCCUAUCAGAGCGCACGAAGGAAGAUUUCACGAGAAAUAGUCUUGUAUCUGUUUUCCUCCGCAUGCUCGAGUACUACGCUGGCGUCCUCUUCCUGACUACCAACCGUGUCGGUGUGUUCGAUGAAGCCUUCCGAUCCCGAAUCCAUUUGAGUCUCUACUACCCACCUUUGGACGAGACAUCCAGCAUAAAAAUGUGGAAACUAAACAUCAGACGGAUCGAAGAACGAAAAUCAGAGACAUUCCGGAUCAGGAAGAAAGAGAUCUUGGACUACGCCAGCGAGCACUUUAAUUCCAGCGUGGACGGCCGGUGGAAUGGUCGACAGAUCCGAAACGCUUUUCAGAUCGCGAUCGCCCUCGCGAAAUACGAGACUAGAGGCAAGAAAGGUCACGGUGAUGGAGGCAAUGAUUCAUCUGCUCAGCCGAUUGUUCUCAGCAAGCGCCAUUUCCAAAAGAUCGUCCAGGCGUCGGAUGAGUUCGACAAGUACCUCAAGGAUCUUUACGGCCAAUCUAUAUCUCAGAGAGCCUACGAGGCGAACCGUCGCUACGAUGAUUAUGGCCGCAUACAUCAAUCUCGAUCGAGCCCUUUUGUCAGCAGUUGGGAGCCGAGCUAUGAUUAUCGUAGUAGACCUUACACACAGACAGAGGGCCCCUUAAUGGCCAAGUCUAUCAAGCAGAUAUCCCCGAGAUCAAACGGUUCAAGGAAGAAGGUGGAAUUACCAUCUACAGAAAGCGAAGACAACGACUCUAGUAGUGGUAGCUCUGACUCCGACUAUGGUGAUGAAAGGUCUAAAUUGGAUCCAGAUUCUAGUGAGUCCGGCACGGAAAAUACAGAUAAUGAGGAAGAAGAUUUCGGAAAUGAGAGCGAGGAAGAAAAGAAGAAGAUCGAGAAAAGAAAGAGAGGUAAUCACAAGAAGAAGAAGAAGAAGAAGAAGAAGAAGAAGAAGCAUAAGGCAGCAAAUGGUAAGAAGCGCAGCAGGAAGAAGUCGAAGACCCAUACGGGCAGGCGCUGGUUCUGA